AUGGCUGUAAAUGGAGCAAAACGUCCGGUCCGCGUCGCCGAUUGCUCGGGAGCAAACUGCGACCCUGGCGAGUUCAUGUUCAAUCAGGCGAAUAAUGGGCCCAUCGACGCGAUCACUGGCGACUACCUUGCGGAGAUCAAUCUGGCCAACAACGCGGAAGCGUACAACGCUGGGAAACACCCCGGAUAUGAGCAAACGGCAUUGGACGGGUUCAGGUUGACCCUCGAAUUGAUCAAUAAGCACAAAAUCAAAGUCGUGCUGAACGCCGGCGCCCUUAAUCCCGCAGGCCUUGCGAAGGAGGUCAAAAAACUUAUUGACGAGAAAGGAUAUGACCUCACAGUGGCCUACGUAGUGGGCGACAACUUGAUGGACAGCAUUGAUGAUAUUUUGAAAGAGAGCGGCCUCGUUCCCCAUUUGGACGAGUUGAACCCGAACAUCAAGCUGGCCAAAGAUACGAACAACUUCGUCGGAAACCCCAAUAAGCCAAUUGUGAGCGCCAACGCCUAUCUAGGAGCUCGCGCUAUCAAGAAGGGCUUGGACGAGGGCGCGGACCUCAUUAUGUGCGGAAGAGUUGCGGACGCGUCACCAGUGAUCGGUAUAGCGCAAUGGUGGCAUCAAUGGAGCGAUACCGACUUUGAUCAGCUGGCUGGAGGCUUGGUAGCUGGCCAUCUGAUUGAGUGCUCCGCAUAUGCCACCGGAGCUAAUUUCUCUGGAUUCGAAAAGUAUGCUACCGAGGAACUCGAAAAUAUCGCUCUCCCAAUCGCAGAGAUUCACGCGAACGGUGACUGCGUUAUCACAAAGCAUCCCCAGCAGAACGGAUUCGUCACCGAGGAUACCAUCAGGUGCCAGCUGCUCUACGAAAUCCAGGGCGAGCAUUAUCUCAACAGCUGUGUAAAGGCAGAUUUGAAAAACAUCUCAAUAAAGGAAAUCAGCAAGGACAGAGUCUUCGUUUCGGGCACGAAAGGUCUACCUCCUCCACCAACCACGAAGCUAGCUGUUUUCUACAAGGGAGGAUACCAAUGCGAGAUGCUCAUGGCCGCAACCGGAACCCCAGAGUCUAUCGGGCGGAAGUAUGACAUCCACGAAUACCAAAUCAGGAAGAGGUUACGCGAAACUGGCCAACUUGACGAUUUUGACAUCCUCGAAUUCCAAAGAAUCGGAGUCCCGGAGACGAAUCCAAAAAGCCAAAUUCGAGGCACGACGCAAGUCCGCAUCUUCGCGCAAUCAGAAAAACAGGUGACUCUCUACGGGCUAUUAAAAGCUCAGAUGUACAACGGAAUGCAACAUUAUUCUGGAGCACACGGAAGUAUGGAUUUCCGCACCGCUUUACCCAAGGAGUUCCUCACCUACUAUCCGGGAGUGAUUGAGCAAGCCAAACUCCAAGAGGGUGUUCACAUCCUCGACAAAAUAGCCACAGCGGAGAACUUCUCAGUGAAGAAGUUCGACUCUGGACAUCCCUCGAAGACGGAGCCUCUCACACAACGAGUUAGCUACGAACCUACGAACCCGGUGGACCUGAGCAGCUUUGGAGAAACGAUCUCGAAGCCUCUUGGUGAUAUUGCACUUGCCCGAUCUGGCGACAAGGGUGCAAACGUCAACAUUGGAAUUUUCGUCCACACCGAUGAGGAGUAUGAUUGGCUUCGUAGCUUGCUGACAAGCGGGAAAAUGAAGGAGCUCAUUGGCGAUGACUGGACCCCCGAUUAUUACCUGGAGAGAGUCGAGUUCCCGAAUAUCAAGGCGGUUCACUUCGUGGUGUAUGGCCCUCUAGGCCGGGGUAUUAGCAGUACUCCCUUGCUUGAUGGGCUAGGAAAGGGGUUUGCGGACUACAUCAGGGCCAAAUAUGUGGAUAUCCCAGCCAGAUUUCUCAGCGCAGAGAAGUAUGCCGCUGGCAUGAUUUAG